AUGACCUCGGAGGACUUAGUCCUUACUUCGUCCUCCUUCGAGGGUACUAACCUCCCUGAGGUGUGCUUCAUGAGUUUGAUGGGCACCGUUUUCACGGCGCUGGUAGCGCUUCCGAUUUUGGGGCUGGUCUCCAUUCCACUGGUGAUAUCGGCCUGGGUCACCAUCUCUUUAGCACUGAUUACCUUACUCGUGCAAUUUUCCGUGGUCUACCUUGAGGUUGGAUAUGGUCUUGUUGUCAGCUUCUUCACGAUCCCAACAUCGACUUCGUCAUUUUUGCCCUUUGCUGCGUCCGAGCCUGUUACCCCCGCUGCUGGAAACUCGAGGCGCAACUCGGGGCCUGGCCUGAUUCAAUCUCGAAAGAACAAUGAGGACGCCCUCUUGUCCGGUGCAUUUACCGCAGUGCGUGAGGAACCCACGAAACAUAGGAAGAAAUCAUAUGCCCGGAGUAUGAUUGAGGCACAUCGCUUGCCUAAUACGCCGUUCCUGGGUCUCCCCGUCAGCGGUGAUGAGCGACGAGACUUUGAAGGCGUGGGCGGUUGGCGCUCAUAUCGAAAUACAUCGCAAGUUCCGAGACCUCGUACAUCUCAUUCAGCACAUGAAAAGACUUUCAGCUCUCAAUCCUCUUCAUCUGCGCAUAGUAUCAACGGCGAGGUUGAACUAGAGAAAGAUGUUGACGCCGAUGAACUUGCAUGGCUAUCGUUGAACUAUCGCCUCGAACUGCCAUCACAAGUCGUAACGCUGGGAGCCGGGUCUAACUCAGCUUCCACAGGGAACGGCCCAUCUAACCCGGAUGUGAUCGAUACUCGCAAUGGGGGCAUUCUCCAAGCUUUGGCCUCUUCGACGAACCCACGAUCUCAAUACUCCAAUACCCAACAUCAUCCAGGCCCACGGCACCACCACCGUUCCCACACAACCUCAGCCCUGACAACUUUCGAACGCCGCACAGGAGGUGGCCUCUCCAUUGCGCUCUCAACUCGACCAGAUCACAAUAGCCGUGCACUAUCACCCUCCGCCUCUCGAGUCGCACCGUUCAUGACACCACAACCAUACUCGCCCAUGCAGACACGUCCAUCCACGCGUAUGCUGCCGGCCAACAGUCCAUCUUACUCAAACGCCCACCUGUCCCGCUCCGCGGAUGGUGUGAGCUCUGGGUUCCUUGGGAGUAGUGGUGGUUACUUUUCCCUGCAGCAGCCUGGGAAUGGGGCGCAUUAUAUGCCUCCCCUCUCGGCGAUAGAUACACCUAGUGGGAGUGGGUGCACGACUCCAGGGACGGGUGUGUCGAAUGAGGAUCGGGAUGCUUCGUCGCUGGGGUUCACGCGACUGAUGGCUCAUUAUCCUACCAGCAUGAGGCAUCGGAGAAGGAGUAUUGCGGGUCCUCAUUCGAGGGUCAGCACUAUUGGUGAACAUACUGGGUGA